CAGGGCUGCAAAGACCUAUCGAUGCCAUCGAUGUUUUUGUCCGGUACGCGAUAUAUAGUGGACCGCACAAAAGUAUUUUCUGAAAAUACCGAAUACCAGACGUCUCGUCUCGUUAGAUACGAUACUUUUGUGCGAUAUAUAUUGAUGAUUGCAGCCCUGGUACGGUACAGUUUUCAUCCCUGUACAAAUCUGGAAUUUUUGCACACUAUUUUGACAGCGGCAGCAUCUCGCUUGGUUUUUUUUUUUAAGUAUUGUGGAAAAGAUAAAAUUAUCGCGCGUGCUGAUUGUACAUUGAAAAUGCUAUCCCGAUAAAACCGCAAAUAACUGUUCGCAUCUAUUGUUUAACGUAAUGCAAUAAAUUGGUUACAAAUCGUAGCACAUUCGCGAGGCAGACGGCGCAUAGGAACGGAACGGAAAACUACUUAUAACAUGGAGGAUAUAGAAUAUCUUGAUGAGUACAAAGAUUUGGUGUUGCCAGGUAUUAAAACUGGCGACGGGCGCUCGGCGGCUGCGUCAGCAUCUGCUGCGUCCCGGCGUCGCCGCAUUUCUUCAGACUCGAGCAACUCCUCCUCGAUUGAUGCAGACAUAUUUCAGAAGCUAUUCCAUGGUAAAUUUAUUGACGACGAACUGCUCAACGAGGGCAGUUCAAAACCAAGGGAGAGGCACCGUCCUUUGCCACCCCCCUCCUCCAGCGAUGACGAUUCCAAUGACGCCUUCGAUGCUCUGUUCAAUAGGAAGAGUAGCAAGCCAAAGCCAAACAAAAGGCGCGACCGUUUCGAGUCCUUUGAUUCUGUAGACGAUUUGGGCCAAGCCCUUAUGCGUCCAACACAAAGGUCAACUGUACCCAAGCCCAGUACAUCUCGGGGCGCAGGGAGGAAAUCCGAGACAGAGGGUCUGCACAGAGGCAGUCACAGCAGCAGCAGUGGCUUUGGGAAAUCCAGCAAGAACCUUGCUGGGCCGCAUUCCUCGGGCAAAAGCGGAGCUCAAGGGCAUCAUUCGAGAAAUGCGCCUCAAGGUUCUAGUAAUGGCAGCAGCAGUAAUUCGGUAUCCAGGAAUAGCAAGGCAGUAACCAUUAUAAAGACACAGAAGGCAGACCUUAGGCCACCAAAGAACGAGCCCAAGACAGAUCCCUUAAAUUUGAGGGAAUUCUAUGGGGACUCGGACAGCGAUUCUUCGUACGAGUACGAAUCUGAUUUCUACGGCGAUCGGGACACGGAUGAUGAGGAACCGGUCAUUGACAUAUCGACGGACACCAGCAGGACCACUUCGGUGGCGGAAACUGUGACGCCUGUUGUUUCCGAUGACGAGGGAGAGGGCGAGGGCCAGGGCCAGGAGCAGCAGCGGCAGCAACCGAGAAUGAGCGGCGAUUAUGAACGCCUGCAAACUUAUUUGAAUAAUCUGAGUUGUGCCGAAGCGCCUCCGAUCUAUAAAAAACAGAGUAGUGCUAAAAAGCCGCGUUCCAGUGAAAAGAAAUUACCUUCCUCCGAACAGGUUAUGCAUUCUAAAGAGCAACCAGCGGCCAGUCCCACAGUGGAGCAGCAGGCACCGAUGGCAGCAGAGCCGGAUGCGGUGCCGCUGCCGCUGCCAGUGGAAGCCGGCUGCAGCUCUUCAUCGGGAAAUCAGGUGGCGACUGUCAGCAGUAAUCCCUACGAAGUGGAUCCAAGCAUCACUCUCGAGUCCCUAGAGCGCAUGACCCUCGACUUGGCCGAGCAAAUCAAUGAAAUUGAUGUCGAGCGCUCGUUUGAGUUCGAAAGGCGUUCCGCCUCAAAGCCACGCAGCAGAUCGCGUUCCAAGAUCUCGGCAGAUCCUGGCGCCGCUCCAUUCGCGCCCCAAAGCCAUGUGCGCAAGCUAACCUAUUCGAAUGAACAGCUCGACAGCUGUGGCUCGUCGCAGAACACGCUGAGGAGGGCCAAGAGUGAUACCGGUUUCUCAAAGAGGGGACGCGGCCGUAGUCGAAAGCAUAGGAAAAACCGAGCAGCCACCACGGAGGAAAAAGUGGCCAAGCCAAGUGAAUGUGUGGGCGAGGGACAAGAGGUGCCAGUGAAAAGGAAACGGGGCCGACCCCGCAAGAUAAGGCCACCGACAGAAGCGGAAACCGCUCUGUUGGCUGCCAAUGCUCAGGUCCCAACAGAAACAACUGCAAAGGAGGAUGCAGUUCCAUUAUCCAGUGGCGUACAGGUGGAGGACAAGGAAAUGGCGGAUCAAAUGCAACAGCCAGAAGCAGGAGAGCAGCCGGAAUUAAAUACAGAACUAGAUACAGCCAAAGACGUUUCAGAAAUUACAAUUACAGCUUCAUCAUCACAGGAGGAAAUAAGCACAGCAUCAUCUCAAUCUCAUCGUCUCGUAUCAGAAGCAUCAUCAGAUCUCAGAAUAACAACAGACACAGUCGCGAAUCUCGAUGUGGAAAAGUCCACCAGAUCGGAUACAUCCACUGAAUCGUUCAAUACAGCUCAUGGCGAGUCCCCCACGCCACAAAGUCCCGUGGAGCCCGGCAUGGCAGCUGAAUGUGAAACCACUUUCAAUGAACCUACUAGCAAGGAUUAUCUUUCGUUUUCCGAUGCAACGGCAAAGGGGGACACAACACUGACCGAACAGAGUGGAGACAUUGUGUGGCAGAGUCUGGACGGGAACAGUAAUGUGGAUGAGCGAAUGGUCUCUAAAAUGGAGCUACCCAUUGAGUCGAUGACAUUUGAAUUGCCUGCCGCAGGGCAUCCCAUAACAGAUCCAACGGAGAAGCCAGAUUUGGAGUCAUCCGUCGAUCAAUUGAGGGCUGAUAAAGCUGUGGAUCGAUUGCUCCCAGAAGCCUCAGAGGCGAUGGAUGAGUCUCUGGGCGUAGCUGUAGACCAAUUGCCAGCGGAACUGUCUGUGGCAAUGGAAGAAGGUCUUCCAAGUGUCGCAGCCGCUGAAGCUAGAAUCGAAUUGACCGAGGAGACUGAUUCCCAGCUGGCUGAAGAUAUUAAAUUGGCCGAGGAGAUUCUAGCCGCCGAAGUGGGCAAAGGCAUUGAAAUGAGCGACACGGCUCUGGCGCUGCCUGGCCAGCGCUUAGACCUGGAAAAUCCUGUGAUUGAAAUAAUUAAGGAGCUUGAGCAGCAGACAAUAACAAAUGCUUUCAGCCCGCCAGAGGCUACCGAAGAAAUUGCUCCUGUGUCUGGCAAAUGUCCUGCAGAGGAGACUGCAGUAGAAGGAUUACCAGACAAACAGCCCGAGUCCAGUGGCAACGAAGUCGGUGACGAGGCUCCCACCAGCUCCUCAGAAAGUGCAGCAGUGAAGGAAAUCCAAGGCAAUCCGUCAUUACCCGCUGCUACGCCCAAGAGUUUGGAAUCUCCCGCUGCUAUGGGCAAGAGUUUGGAAUCGGACGUUGAUUUGCUUCCCUUAGCUACCCGAUUGGCUAGUCGUUGGGAUAAAACAACUUCCAGCCCCCGCAGGGAGGCCACACCAGUCAAGCGCGCCCCGAAAUCUGAAAGAAAUACGAUCUUGAACGAGCCCUCAUUCCGGAGCAGUCCGAGGCUGGGCAGGUCGCCAGCGGGCAGCAAAUCAUCGCAAGAGCGCCAGUCGGCCGAUGAGACCGUUGACAAUUCCAGACCUGGGAGGGAGCAGGCCAGGUCUAGUGGCACUGAGACGGAUCACGGGGAGAGGUAUGCCAUCCAGAGAAAGUCUGGAAGCACACAAAGGAAGGAAAAGAAGAAGAAAAGGACGGAAAAAGACAAAGCAGAGGUAGAGAGCCAAGAUGAAACCCCAACAGACACGGCUGAGACUGAAACUGAAACUGAGAAAGAGCUUGCGGCACCUGCUGAGGGUCGUGGUCAGCCAACCAACAGUGGGGGAAAAGGUGUACCAUCUUGCGGUUCGAACGGAGACAAGGAGGAGCGAGCACACAGCUCAGCCCAAUCGAGCCGAACUCCCAAAGCUGUCACGGACACGGUUAAGCGAGUUGACAAAAGGGAUUCCCCCAGAACAGAUUCACCGAUGAAAGAGGCACAAAUUUGUGCAGUCGAUCCCAAAAAGAAGGCGACAACCGAGCAGUCUCUGACGGAAACAGAUCCCGUUGAAACGAAACUGGAAGCACCCAAGGAAGAUAUUCAAAAGGAAGCCGAACGUGGUAGGGAAGUAAAAAUGGAUCCUGAAAAGAUGAAUGCGGCUCCAGGUCAUGAAACCGUCAAGCCGAAGCAGGCGGAACCGACAGAACAGAGAAAAAGAGGCAGGCCCAAGCUCAGGAGGAACCAAAACAAAUUAGUUAGACUUAAUUUGGAUUUAGUGAAUGCGGCACAAGACAAAACCAACAGGGAAACGUCCAAGAGUAUACAAAACGAGCUAGAAAGUAAGUCCCCACCGGAGGAGGAGGUUAAGGAACUGAAACUAGUUGAAAUGAGUUCGGAACCCAAAACUCCAGUACCGAAACCAGUAGAACCGACAGAGGAGCCUUCCACCGAAAAGCCAGAGCCUGUCGCACUCGCCACGCCAAAUAAAUCAUCAAGAAACGAAAAGGUAAAGAGCGCCAAAUCAAAUAAAAGGACUGUGGAACGCUCUGCAGAUGGCACAGAAUCGGAACAAGCGAUUCAAACGACUAAACUGGAGCCAGAUAAAACAUCAGAAGUGUCAUCUACUGCCACACCGGCCACACCAGUGGAAGAGAGACUCUCAAGAAAGGACAAAAUAAGGAGUAGAAAGGCCAUUCACACGAACGCUGCUGAGUCCGGUAAUAUUAAACCAGAAACUGAAUCAGAACCAGUGCAGCCGGCAGUUGAUUCCAAUAUCGCCUCCACUGAACCACUGAGUGCAGCAAAGGGUGGUCCAUCGGAGGAGGCAAUGAAUGUGGAUCUACCCACUGCCGCAACAGCAGAGCCAGAGUCUGCGGCUCAAGCCAUCGCAGAAACAGAGCCAGGGCUAGAGACGCCAGAACCCUCAACGUCCAGUAAAUCAGGGUCAAGGAAAGAAAAGCCAACUAGCAGAAAGCCCAGACUGGAAGCCAACAGUAAGAAAACUGCAGCGAAUCGCGAAUCAUCACAACCGGAAGCAUCGGAAGCGACAGUGGAACCAAAACCACCGCAGUCCAGUCAGGGUCAAAUAUUGAAAAAACACAAAUCAAGGAACAAGCAACACAAAGAAAAUAUCAAAACUGAGCCGAAAGAGGCGCCAGAAACGACAGAGCCAGGACAAACUGAAGCCAAAGCUGAAGAGCUGGAGCGAACCACAUCUGAGGAGCCAAAGGCUGCUCCAGAAAAGAGUGAGUCGGCACGAGGAAAGCCAAAGACGCGCAAAUCGAAAUCCAACAAACCGUCGGAAGCAAACGAACUGGAAUGUCCGCCACCGACCACGCCAAAUCUUCCAGCAAUAUCGAAAGAAAAUUCGGACCUAAGUCAAGCAGCAACUGAAGCGAAAUCCGCUGAGGAAAGUGAGCAAACUUCAGAUGAAACCGUGAACACGGAGCCAGAAACUCUGCCACCACAGCUUGCGGAAAAGAGGAGUUCCAGUAAAAAGAGGGGGGCCAGUGCCAAGCAGCAAAGAACAGCCAAGACCAUUCCGGAGGGUGCAGCCGAACAGCAUGCAUUGGAAGUCGCCACACCCAAGCGAAUUGUGCCCAUCACUCCGCGCACAGCGCCCUGUCGCCAGCUUCGCGUGCUAAUGCGAAGAACGCCCAGCUCCACAUCUUGUGCUGGCAAAAGAACACCUGCCAUGAGUCUCAGGGAUAAGCUUGACACCGCAACUGAGGCUCCAAGCGCCGCAAAGACAGAAGAGGACAAGGCUACGCCUGCCCCAGAGGCAGAUGACAAGCCAGAAGCUGUGCAGGCUGUGACGCAGUCUUCGGUUGAACAGGCAAUUGUGGAUACAAAAGAGGAACAGCUAACGGAUAAGCCUGAAGGGGCACAUCAGGAGGAGCCAAGUGUAGAAGAAGAGCCUUCUGCUGAGCCUACAGUUCCUAAAGAGCCUUCUGCUGAGCCUAAAGUGGUGGAAGAAUCGAAUGAAGCAGUCCACACGGAAGAGAUCACUACAGCAGCGCCGUCUAUGGCAGCAUCUGUAGAGGAAACCCCUAGAAAAGAGUCGCCAAUAAGAGAGGAAACGGCAGAGAAUCAGCCUACACCUUUGGAGGCAUCCUCUGGGGAACCGGACAAGGAAGUGGAGGGGGCUAAUAGACCAAGCACUUUAAAAAUCGACGACAACAAUGGGGAAUCGGUUAAUCCCACCACAGCCACUGCCCCUGAGGCGAACGCUGAGGAGUCCAAUGCUGAGAGCCCAGUCACAAAAGAAACAACAGACAGUCCCGCCCGAAAAGAAACAACAGACAGCACAGUCACAACAGAAACAACAGGUGUCACCGUCGCCCCGGAAUCGAGCAAAUCAAAGCUGCCCGUGCGCGCUUUGCGCAAGCGGGAAGUGGAGACCCCACAACCAGAUGAAGCUGCCCGACGAAGGCAAAAGCAACAGCAACAGCUGGAGAAAGCAGGAAAGGACAAACAGGGACAGAAAAAACCAGUGCGUCGUCGCAAUCAGCUGGAGGCAGAAGAGCGGCCACCGCAGAAGCGAACAAAGAUAGAGGACGUAGGCACGGCCACUGCCUCUACCUCUACUGCCACCGCCUCUGCUUCGGCCAACGCCAGCGCCAGUUCCAAGGGUAAAUACAUAUCCCUUAUAGGCAAGGACACAAUUAUUUCAACCACAACCGACCCGCACGAGGAGCCAUCGAGGUCCUCGGGAGGGGCGCGAAAAUCAAAUGUGAAGAACCCCAAGGGCCCCGAUACAACCAAGCACAUAAUCAUAUCGGCAGUGCCCAAGAAAUCGCUGGACGCCGCUGCAGAGAGUCCGCCUGCGCCGUCCAAGAAGCCGCUGGUACAGAGUUUGCUCCACUCGUAUGUGGAUGCCCGCAAGGCUACACAAAAGGAUAGUGCUCCCGCUGGCAAGAAGGGGGACCCAGAAAAGAAUAUCCCCAGCUCCACUGUGCUGACCAAGAAGGGUGUUGUGCCAGCGAGCGAUUUGCCAGGCAAGAAGCCAGCAGAAACUGCCAAAGGAGAAGGAACCGCAGCGGCCCUGCGAAAGGUGAACAUCUCCGUGUCCGUGAUGCCGAGCAAAGAAGGUGAUGGAGGUGCAGCCGAUGCUGCGGGGAAAUCGGUCGCCACCAGCUCGGCUGCCACUGCUGCCCAGGUUACGAAGGCGCUGCUGGACGCCGAGAAGAACAUCAUUUCCGCAAGGAGGCAAGUGGACACGAAGAAGAAGCCGGAGGCUAAGAAGACCGUGAAAAUAAGUGCGCCAGACAAGCCUAAGAACUCGGAGCAGCAGGCUAGGAAGGAGCCGCGCAGGCCGGAAAUGGCCGAACAAUCGAAUAAGCCAGAUACUUCCACAGCGCCAGCCAGGAAAUCCUUGCCGCAUGCCGAGCCGCCAAGGAAACCCGAGCCCCGGAAGUCGGAAGAGGCUGCCAGGAUGCAAGCCAAAAGCGUUAAGAUGCCGGCAGUUGGACAUUCAACAUUCAAGGCAAAUGAAGCACGCGAAAAGGAAAAAUACGAACAGCGAAGGUCCGAUGUGGCAGCGAUUCGAGGCAAGGCUGCGAUCCGCACAGCGGAAGUGGAAACUGGUGCGGCUCCGAGGGAUUCGUCUCACGAACGCGCCGGGCGCACAUCCCGACUGGGCAAAGGCAUUUCCUUGCCGACACUACGACAAACGGGUAUCUCGAUGUCCUCACAUAUGACGCGCGCCGCCAGCAGCAACCGAUCCCUGGCCUCCACGCCAAUACCCAUGGCUCCGACGCCAACUCCUAUGGCUGGAGUGCGGCGGUCAGCUCCGAAAAAGCCUGAGCCGAUGGUAGCCCCCACACCGCCGGAUGAGGCACUGGGUCCGCCUAAAAAAAUUAAACGUCCGGCCCGACUACCGUUCGGUUCGCGCCGCAGAUGGUCGGCCAAAAAGCGAAAGGCUACCGAAGACGCCGAAGCAGAAUCAGAGGCCACCACUCAAAAGAGGCCGAGAGCAGAGCAAGAGCAGGACCAGGAGCCAGAAGCACGCCCAGCUCCGUCCAUUGCCUUCCCAGUGAUGAUAACCGCUGCCAGCAGCUCCGCCCAUUCUCCCAUACCGCAUUCGGUCGCAGCUGGGCCUGCAGCAGUUCCGGCUACUACCAAAUCACAGCCCACUAGGACUAAGACUAAGCUGCGAAAAUGUCUGGUUAAAAUCAAUCGGGGAGUGGUCAAAAAGUGGAUGGCGGCGAACGUACGGAAGCAGCCAGCAGCCGCACUACAAGAACAACGAUCAGCACCACCAGUGAUGCCGGCACCAGAGCCAGAGCCACAAACUGAAGCACCCGCAGCAGAGUCAGUCCAGCAUCAAGUGCCAGAGCCAUUUCCAGAGCCAGAGCCAGCUCUAGAUCCAGCCCCAGCUCCAGCUCCACUGCAACCGUCGCUGCCAACACAGCCAGCACCAGUCGCUGAAGCUGUCCAGUCAGUUUCGGUGUCGGUGUCGGUGUCGGCGUCGGGAUCGGGGUCGGGACAACAAGCACAGAAAAAAACCCAUGGUAUACCGGCGAUGAAACUUCCGAUUCCCAUACCCGUUAUGGAAAUAAAGACGGAGAUAGAGGAAGUGCCGCCCGAAGCGCCAAUGGAGGAGGCUACAUUGACUGCCGUAGCCAUACCAACACCUACUGUGGUGGCACCAGAUGCUCCUGCGGAGGAGGAGCUCCAAGCACCCGAGGAGCUGGUUGCACUGGCACCCAGCAUCUCGAGUCAUCAGACAACAAUUCGCAUGAGUGCGCCUCCGGCACCGGUUGGCAGAUUGGUCAGCUCGAUACCAUCGGCCAGCUCGGCCGAAGCCAGCCAGAAGCCUGGCCACACCAAGAUAUUCUCGUUCCUGUACCCCCAACGCUAUCAGCGAUCGUAUGGCGAGGUGGGGCUGGACUUUUGCUGUCCCAAUCUGGACGGACCGAUGCGGGCCAUUGACCCGACGCGCUUACAUGCCACGGCGCAGGUGCCGGUGCUGGAGCUGCCGCAAUUCAUGGUUAUCACGACGAAGAUCAUCUCCAAGGCGGAUAAGGAUCUGCCCCACAAGGUGCGAGCGAAGCUGGCGCAGCUGGACAAGACUGGCAGGCCGUUGAUGGGGCAGACGGUGCGCAUGAGCACGGACUCCAGUGAUCCGUCCAUUCCAGUGGCAGUGCCUUCGUCCAACCUUGCUCAGACACCUCGGCCUCUGCCCCCCUUGGCUGCCAUUUCCAACCCUCCACCACCUACCGCCAGUGCCAGUGCCAGCGCCACUCCUGCACCCCCACCAGCACUUCCAGUAUUCCAGACGGAAGUCACAGUUCAAUCCUUGACCAAACAAUUGCCACGCGGAACGACGCUAACCAAAAAGGUACUGCCGCCUGGGGCUGCCCUACCCGCUGCUGCCAGCUCGUCGAUGGUGGCCAGCCUGCCUCCGGCCCUGAUCCAGCUGCCGCCGAUCUGCCCCACGGACAAGCAACGGGUGGAGCUGCAGACGCGAGUUCAGAUGUUCGACUUGGUGCUCCAGGGCCUGAGCAGACGCGCAGCCACACUGACCCUGGCCGAGCGACAGCGCACCAUUGAGGAGAUCGUGAAGACCAGCACGUUAAUGGCCAUCGAUGUGGAUGUGGGCACCAAGCUCCUUGAGAACUACGUCUAUUACCUCAACCGUGCUACCAACACCCAGACGCCCAUGCCCUCGCUCCGCCUCAACCCUGUGGUCACACCAGCUAUUACUCAGAGUACCCACACAGUCGCCAGCCUUCUCGGCGAUGAGCCGGUGGCCAAGCGUAAAUUCAGCACUCCAUCUGCCACUGCCACUGCAAGUGCAACUGAAACUGCAAGCCCAUCCGCCCCCGCAACGAAGAAGCCGGCACAACAGCGCAGCUCUCUGCCAGCCGGCAUUCCUGUGUACGAUGCGGACAAGAACAUCAUUGGAUAUCAGUGCCCGACACCGAACGCUUCGAUCGUGAAUCGAACGGGGCCCAUUGCCAGCAGCACUCCACUGGGACCAUCCACCUCUGCGGCAGCCCAGAGCGGCGUCCUGGGCUCCACAAGCAAGUCUGCCAGAGCGGGUGUGCAGCUGAAUCAAAGCAAGAAAACGAAACCUCCGGCCGGGAUGGCUGUGAAAGCCGUCCCAAAAGGCAGCACUGGGAAGAGACUUGGUUCGGGGACGAUCGUUUCCAUUCACCCACCGCCGAACCCAAUGCCUUCGAGACCAGGAGCCACCAAGCCGCCUGUUGGUGUAGCCCAAACGCUCGCUUCAUUGUCUACGUCUCCUCUCCCCAAGGCUGUCCCUGUGCCUGUGCCGGGGUCAAAGUCCAAGUCUGCUGCCCCAACAGCGAGCGGGGGAUCCGCUGGAAUGAACCGAGCACGUAGUCCGAAUGUGUUUAUCAUUAACCAGGUCUCCCCCACGGCAGAGGAGAGCAUAUUGCCCGAUUCCCACAGUGUGGUGCCAAUGCAAACGGAGAUCAAGGGUGAACUGGACGACUCAGUGGAGUUGAUUGGAUAGGGUAGGAGGGCUUGAUUGUAUAACUGAUUAAAAUGAGCAAAAGUAUUCUAAGUUACUUUUAAACGUUGUUGAAUAAGGGGAAUUACUCGUAAUUGUAUCGUUGAGCGCCUGAAGAUAAAUCUGUAAUUCUAGAAUGAAGAAAAAUAGAAUUGUUAAACUUAUCAUCGUCUCAUUAUUUCUGAAAAUAAACGGAUAUAGUCUAACAUCUUCC